AUUACCCAAGCUCAAAAAAAAAAGCAGUAGGGAAGAAGAGACGCCAAGAGGAGAGAGAGAGCUCACAAAAACCCUAGUCCCCCGCUGCCUCUACUGUCCCGAGAAGCCUAAACCUUCACAGAGAAGCCAACAAUGGAUCUCCGGGACAACAACGACGAUGAAAUGAUCGCAAACACCAACUUCGAUAUCCAGAGACCGAGGAAGAUCAAGUUCGAGUUCGAAAACGAAGACCAAGACGAGACUCUGGAGGAGACUGUCACUGAAAGCUCCAACCUCGAGGACGACGCACUCAUGUGCGACACCACCCAAGACUCCAUCAUCGGCACCGACAAGACCAGCGCCGACUAUUACUUCGAUUCCUACUCUCACUUCGGUAUUCAUGAAGAAAUGUUGAAGGAUGCAGUGAGAACUAGGACUUACCAAAAUGUUAUUUAUAAGAAUCCUUUCUUAUUCAAGGACAAAAUAGUCCUUGAUGUGGGUGCUGGGACUGGAAUUUUGUCACUCUUUUGUGCAAAAGCGGGGGCAAAACAUGUUUAUGCGGUUGAGUGCUCCCACAUGGCUGACAUGGCACAAGAGAUUGUUAAAGUAAAUGGUUUUUCAGAUGUUAUCACGGUUUUGAAGGGAAAGAUUGAGGAAAUUGAGCUUCCAAUUGCUCAAGUGGAUAUCAUUGUUUCAGAGUGGAUGGGAUAUUUUUUGCUGUUUGAGAAUAUGUUAAAUACAGUCCUAUAUGCUCGUGAUAAAUGGCUGGUUAGCAAUGGUGUAGUUCUUCCAGAUAAAGCUUCUCUCUAUUUGACAGCCAUUGAGGAUGCUGAGUACAAAGAAGACAAGAUUGAAUUUUGGAAUAAUGUAUACGGCUUUGACAUGAGCUGUAUCAAGAAGCAAUCCAUGAUGGAACCCCUUGUUGACACAGUUGACCAGAAUCAGAUCGUUACGAACUGUCAGUUACUGAAGAUGAUGGACAUCUCUAAGAUGGCUCCAGGAGAUGCUUCCUUUGCAGCUCCAUUUAAGCUUGUGGCAGAACGUGAUGAUUACAUUCAUGCUCUUGUAGCUUAUUUUGAUGUGUCUUUUACAAAGUGCCAUAAAUUAACCGGCUUCUCUACAGGGCCAAGAUCACGGGCUACACAUUGGAAGCAGACAGUCUUGUACCUAGAAGAUGUGCUGACUAUAUGCGAAGGGGAGGCUUUGGUUGGGAGCAUGACGGUGGCACAGAACAAAAAGAAUCCUCGUGAUGUCGAUAUAAUGAUCAAAUAUUCAUUGAAUGGUCGGCGUUGUGUGGUUUCAAGAACUCAAUCUUAUAGAAUGCGCUAAUUUGGUUGUGAGAUAGCAAUUUCUUGGAAGCGUUCGUGACAUCAGAACUCUAUUGGAUAAGACAGCGGCAAUUUUGAAAGCAUUCUCUCUCUCUCUCUCGUUUUAUUGUUUGGUUAAAUUGUAAAAAUACUGUAAAAGUUUUAUUUAUUUAUUUUUAUUUUUUCAUUGAAGUGCAGAAAGUGAUAUUGAAGUUCAGGCUAAAAAUUUUAAAAAUUCUAUUCAUCAUUUGCCCUUUGACGGAUAGCUCACAAUUGUAAGACUAAUCUUAUUGUUUUUCACUUCA